UUAGCUGUUUGUGUUCUUUAGGAUGAUGUCAACCGAAAGUGCAAAUAGUUUCAGUCUAAUUGGAGAAGCUUCAGAUGGAGGAACCAUGGAGAACUUGAGUCGCAGGCUGAAAGUGACAAGUGAUCUGUUUGAUAUCAUGUCUGGUCAGACAGACAUUGAUCACCCACUGUGUGAGGAGUGCACGGACACACUACUCGACCAUCUGGACACUCAGCUAAGCAUGACAGAAAAUGAAUGCCAGAAUUACAAGAGCUGUUUAGAGUUGCUGUCUCAACUACCAGAGGAGGAGGAAGCCAGUCUACUGAAUGCAUUGCAGCAGUUGAAACAAGAGGAGGAAUCUCUGAUCCAGGAGCUUGAGAGCAUUGAAGUGCAGCGUGAAGCCGUGGCCAAAGAGCUGGCUGAGGGACGCAACCAUAACCAGCUGAUGGAAACCGAAGAACUUCAGUAUCAGAAGGAGUACUGCGAGUUUAAGAGACAGCAGUUGGAGUUGGAUGAUGAUCUUAAGAGUGUGGACAAUCAAAUGCGUUACUGUCAGAUUCAGUUGGACAGACUCAAGAAGACCAACGUUUUCAAUGCCACCUUUCAUAUCUGGCACAGUGGGCAGUUCGGAACAAUAAAUAACUUCCGCCUAGGAAGAUUACCCAGUGUACCAGUGGAAUGGAAUGAGAUAAAUGCAGCCUGGGGUCAAACUGUACUUCUGCUGCAUGCACUUGCAAACAAGAUGGGACUAUGCUUUCAGAGAUAUCGACUAGUUCCUUAUGGAAACCAUUCCUAUUUGGAAUCUCUCACAGAUAAGUCCAAGGAGUUGCCGUUGUAUUGCUCAGGUGGUCUCCGAUUUUUCUGGGAUAAUAAAUUUGACCAUGCUAUGGUGGCCUUUCUAGACUGUGUCCAGCAGUUUAAAGAUGAGGUGGAGAAGGGCGACACAGGCUUUUGUCUGCCAUAUAGAAUGGAUGUGGACAAAGGAAAGAUCGAGGACACAGGUGGCAGUGGAGGUUCUUACUCUAUUAAGACUCAGUUUAACUCAGAGGAACAGUGGACCAAAGCCCUCAAGUUCAUGCUCACUAACCUGAAGUGGGGUCUGGCCUGGGUCUCCUCGCAGUUUUACAACCGUUAGAUUUGAUCUCAACUCUUGAUACCUGAUCAGUGAUACCAGGAAAUCGCAUGAAAUCUUCACAGUACUAAGAUCAUAAUUUACCUAAUUAAAAUAUUUUUGUGUGUGUUUAUGUUUUGUGUUUAACUGUUAAACACCAUUAAAUACCAGUGAUAUGAA